AGGAGAUCCACAAAAGAGCUUCGUUUCCAAUUAAUGACCCAAUAGUCGGACGUAAGGGCCAAAACGCGAGGACCCUGUGAGGGGCUAUGUGGACACCGCUAUGGAGUUUCCCAGACUGCUUGCCUUGCUGUUGAUAGUGUUGGAAUGGACCCAACCAGGCCUUCCAUCCCCGCUGAGACCGAUCUGUGACCUAAGGGUCCUGGACCAUUUCAUCAAGGAGGCACGAGACGCUGAAGUGGCUAUGAAGUCAUGCAGGGAAGGAUGUAGCCUAUCGGACUCCGUCACUGUUCCCCAGACCAGAGUGGAAUUUGAUGUAUGGGAGAAGAAGAAUGCUUUGGAGCAAGCCCAGGAGGUGCAGACUGGCUUGUGGCUCUUAAAACAAGCCCUGAGCUUGCUACAGACAUCAGUCACCAACACAGCACUGCACAGCCACAUCGACAACUCCAUCAGGAACCUGCUCAGCAUCAGUGCCGUGCUGCGCAGCCUAAACAUCCAGGACUUCAGCCCACCAGACAGUGCAGCAGGGCUGGAGGGAACAUGGACCGUGUCCUCGUCAACAGAUCUGCUUCAGGUCCAUGUCAACUUCCUCCGAGGCAAAGUGCGCCUCCUUCUUUUAGAUGCACAAGCUUGUCAACAAGCUGUCAGCUGACCUCCCUCCUCCAGGUGAAGCUAAUGUGUUUCCCGAGGCACGGGGAGGGACUAUUCUCUGCUGGUCUGCACGCUGGCUGCUGUGAGCAGUGUGGAAGAAGAACAAGGUACAGCUGUCCCCACACAGGGAAGACGCUGAACGGAGAGGACGGCCUCAGCUCCAGGCUUUGAAUGGGCAGGAGAAGAAUUGCACUUUGGAAUGUAGAUGUACAGCAUGAACAUGAUGAAGCACACACUAAUCACACAUAACUCCAGUAGCUGUUUCAUUGUUCCUGCACUUUGUGUGAAUGUAGCUGUGUAGGAGUUCAGACUCCAGGUCUAAACAUGAACCUUUUGUGCAUGUGAGACUGUUUCCAGUGAGUUUUAAAGUCACCUCUGUAGAAUGAAUCGUGGAUUAUACAAGGUUGGUUCUGACCACAUAAUCGAAUUGGACAAGAUGCAUUCCACACAUGCUCAUGUAUCGAGUACAGCGUCACUGUGACUCUGUUCUGCGUGUGAUACUCCAACUCUGCCAAGUUCACUGAAGACGUUUGACGUCAGCAGGCGGUCUUGUCCAGACUGACCUCUGUGACAAACAAGCCAUCAAAAGGUGCAUUUCGACCAAGA